AAAGACGAGAGUGGGGUUAACAGAAUUUUUUAGCAGAAAUAUAUACCAGUAGUAAGAUAUUCUUAAAUUUAUAUAGAGUUGUAAUCAUAAAAUUUCUUAAUUUUUGCUAUAGCUGUUUUUAACUGUCUCCUCUUGUCUAAGUAUGGAAUAAUGAUGUUGAAGAAAAUCGUAACAUUACGCACACCAAACGGUGUACCUUUCCUAUCAACGGGUGUUUCAUUAGCAUCUAAGGUUAUACGUCGAACGUUAUCAGAAGAAAGCAUAGAAGUUGAAGGAAAAUGGGAUUUGUUAAGUGCCGUAUGCUUAGAGCGUCAUCCAGUAAUUACAAGACCAAUGCAAGAUUUAGAAACAAGAUAUCAAGAAAUGUUGGAGCAAAUACAAUUUGAAAACAGUUUGAUGUCAAAUUUUGAGCUGAAGAAAGAGGCAGCAAAAAACCGAAAGGAUGAUCCAUCAGACUCUGAUCAUAUCAUGACUUACCAAAUGAUACAAGAUCUUGAAGAUUCUUGGGAAGACGAACUAGAGAAAUUUAAAUUAGCACCAAGAGUGAGCGAAACUAAGGAAGAUAACAUAGUCGCUUCUUUGAAGCGAAAGUUAGAUAAAAAUCUAGUCUUGUUAGUAGAACAAAACAUUGGCAACACAAGUUUUUGGAUUCCUCCUCAGAGUGCAAGGAAACAAACAGAAACUAUGAUACAAACUGCAAAGAGAACUUUACAAGAGCUAUGUGGUAGUAAUGUAAGAGUACAAUUUUAUGGCAAUGCACCAAUUGGAUUUUAUAAGUACAAAUACCCUAAAAGUAUGCAGGACACAGAUAAAGAUGGUGCAAAGAUUUUCUACUUUUUAGCAAAAUAUAUAAGCGGGCAUGUCUCUCCUGAUGUAAACCACUGCUGGCUAGAUAGAAAUGAACUGAAAAAACGUGUACCUCCUACAAUUUACAAAAGUUUAUCUAAAUUUUUAUUGCCUGAUUAAACUAUUAUAUUGUAAAAUAUAUAAAGUUUUUCAAAAUAUACAUGUAGAAGAAAAAACGUAAAUGAAUGACUAUGUUAUAUAUUCGUUUACAUUGAUGCAAUGUAUAAAGUGUUUAAAUAGUAUUCUGAUUUAUAUCUUUAAAUUACGUUAUUAUAUAAAAUAUAUUAGUAAUUAAGUAAAAAAUAGGAUCCUAUAUCUUUUCAUGCUACACCCAAUUUGGAAAAUUCGCUACUAUAAAAAAGUGUACAUACGCGUUAACUAUAUCAUAAAUUAAUUUCAGUACAUUGAGUUUGGAUAUGUACAUUUUAUAUUUCAUACAGACCCUAUGUCAUAAUGAUUUUCGGACUGAAUUUAAUGAACAUUUACAUAAAUUUCCUUAUAUUAAAAACUUAAACCUGUAUUUGACGAGAGAAAGAAGUGUGUCGAAGUUAAAAUCUACCACAUCUUCUUCUUCCCGUA